AUGGUGAUUUUAGUGGUCUUGCUGCUGGAACUGUUUUCUUACAAAGUAUGUCAGGCUCACUUAGAGAAAUGCAGACUCCAAGGUCCACACAGUCCACUUCACACCUAUCAUCAGCCAGGAGAGUUCCUCAUUGGUGGCAUUGUUUCCCAUGGUGGCUUCAUCGCCUCUCCAGCAACAUUCUCUGAGGAACCCCCACCAGUGCUGCCUGAAGAGCUUGUGGUGGUGCCUAAGGGUUACCAGCACAUCGUGGCCUUGGCAUUUGCAGUCAAGGAGAUCAACAAAGACCCUCACAUCCUACCCAACAUCACCUUGGGCUUUCGCUUAUUUGACAGCUAUUCCAAUGCAAGGAGCACAUACCUUGCCAUGCUGCUCCUUUUAUCCAUGGUGAAGAAUUUGUCCCUAAUUAUAUAUGUGAUGUUGAAAGUUAUCUGGCAGGGGUCAUUGGGGGACUGGAUUCUGAAAUCUCCUUUUAUGUGGCUACUGUUUUGGAUAUCUUUAAGAUUCCGCAGGUGGACAUGGAUUGGAGUCAUUGCAACAGACAAUGAGAAUGGAGAAAGAUUUGUGCAAACUAUUUCCCCCAUGUUUACCAACAGUGGUGUCUGCUUUGCAUUCAUAGAAAGAAUCCCCGAUUUCAGUUUUAUUUCUGAAAUGGUGGUGCCUAAGGGUUACCAGCACAUCGUGGCCUUGGCAUUUGCAGUCAAGGAGAUCAACGAAGACCCUCACAUCUUACCCAAUAUCACCUUGGGCUUCCACUUAUAUGACAGCUAUAUCGCUGCAAGGAGCACAUAUCUUGCCACACUGCUGCUUUUAUCCAUGGUGAAGAGAUUUGUCCCAAACUAUAUAUGUGAUGUUGAAAAUAAUCUGACUGGGGUCAUUGGGGGACUGGAUUCUGAAAUCUCCUUUUAUGUGGCCACUGUUUUGGAUAUCUAUAAGAUUCCGCAGACUCAGGCACAGAAGAAUGGCAUAUGGACGGAGAGGGAAGAAUCCGAAUCCACAGUUUUGGCAGGUAAUCGGCUAAACAUCCUCAACUGGAAGAGGCCUGUUAUUCCCCCACAAGAUCAUGUGAUCAUACACCACUGUGGUGUCUCCUGUGAUGAAGAGGGAAAGAGGGAAAAAGGGAAAGAGCUCCAUCACUUUCUGAGAAGCAUCUCAUUUAACAAUACAGCCGGAGAUGUGGUCUUCAUCAACCAGAAUGGAGAGGUGGUAUCUAGCUUAGAUAUUGUCAAUUGGAUAAUAUUCUCCAACCAAAGUUUGCAGAGAGUAAGCGUUGGGAGGAUAGAUCCGCAAACUUCUCGAGACCAAUCAUUCAUCCUUGAUGAAGAUGCCAUAACAUGGCACAGUUGGUUUAAUCAGACUCGGCCUCUUUCUCUCUGUACUGAGAGAUGUCUUCCAGGAUCCAGCAAGAAAGUGAAGGAGGGACAGCCACCUUGCUGCUACGAUUGCAUCCCAUGUGCAGAGGGGAAGAUUGCAAACCAGGAUGAUAUGAAUGACUGUCAUAAAUGUCCAGACAAAUACUAUCCAAGCAGAAACCGUGAUGCAUGUCUACCCAAAGAUAUAAGCUUCUUGUCUUAUGAAGAACCUUUGGGCAUCAGUUUAGCCUCAUUUUCUCUUUUCCUUUCCUUGAUCACAGCUCUGGUACUAGGUACAUUUAUGAAACACCAUGCCACACCCAUUGUCAUUGCAAACAACCGAAACCUCACCUACGCUCUGCUCAUCUCUCUCCUGCUCUGCUUCCUUUGUGCAUUGCUCUUCAUCGGCCGACCUGAGAAGGUGACCUGCCUCCUCCGACAAACAGCUUUUGGCAUCAUCUUCUCAACCGCUGUCUCUUGUGUCCUGGCAAAAACCUUCACUGUGGUUUUGGCCUUCAUGGCUACAAAACCAGAAUCCAGGAUGAGGAAAUGGGUGGGCAAAGGACUAGGCCACUCCAUUCUCCUUUCCUGCUCCAUUGUUCAAGCAGGCAUAUGCACUGUGUGGCUGGCAACCUCUCCCCCAUACCCAGAUGUGGACAUGCACUCAAUGACAGAAGAAAUUAUACUAGAAUGUAAUGAAGGGUCUGUAACAAUGUUUUACUGUGUCCUCAUCUACAUGAGCUGCCUGGCCACUGUAAGUUUUGCUGUGGCUUUCCUCGCCAGGAAGUUACCGGACAGUUUCAACGAAGCCAAGUUUAUUACUUUCAGCAUGUUGGUCUUCUGCAGUGUUUGGCUGUCCUUUAUUCCCUCCUACCUGAGCACCAAGGGGAAAUAUAUGGUAGCUGUGGAGAUCUUCUCCAUCUUAGCCUCUGGUGGUGGGUUGCUGGGUUGCAUCUUCUUCCCCAAAUGUUAUAUAAUCAUUCUGAGGCCUGAGCUGAACAAUAGGGAUCAACUAAUAAGGAAGAAAAAUUAA